GAGCUUUCUUGGUAUCAAAAGUAAACAAACACUUUCAUGUCAUUUCACCCAGGCAGGACGAUUAAUAACCGUGGUCAGCUUGAUUUUUAGACUUCUCUGUUUGAAUAUGUGAAGUGUCAGUCGAAAGAUGUGAGGUACAUUGCUUCAACGCGAGUCAUAUUUUACAUUUCAGGCCACGUUGCUACGCUCCUGCUGUGUCAAGAUGAAGAAAUUAUUUGCCAGUUUCUCAAGUAAGAUGCGAUCAUCAAGUAGUGCUUCAGACAGUGGUAGCCCAGCCACUGCUGGUGCUGGCUACAAGGUGAAUAGAAGGAAAAUGGAAAAGUUGCACAAGGCUGCCUGGCUGGGUGACGUCACCAAGCUGCGGGGGCAUGCCAUGUGUGAUGAUGAUAUUAAUAAGGUGGACGAGCACAACAGGACUGCCCUUCAUUUGGCCUGCGCCAAUGGAUAUGCUGAGGCGGUGGAAUUCCUUUUAGGGAUACAAGCCGACGUUAAUCUGCGCGACAACCACAGGAGGACUCCCUUGAUGAAGGCAGUGCAAUGCCAGAGUGAUCUGUGUGUGAACCUUCUGCUGGACAACAAAGCUGAUCCCAACUUGACGGAUGUCGACGGAAACACAGCUUUACAUUUGGCGGCCAAUAUCCCCUCUCUCUCUUGUGUCAUCAUGCUCAUGAAGAAAGACGCUGACCUCAAUGUCAAAAAUCUGGUGAUUCCAUCUCUGUCCAUUCUUAAACACACGUGACAUCAAAAUGCAACAUACUGCUGG